AUUCUUGCAUUCUUAUACAAACGUUAUUAAAUAAAAACCCCGAGAAAUAAAGUCGUCGUCCUCUAAAUUGAAGCUCAAAUGGACUCAUCAUCAUCUUCAUACAUGGAUCAAGUCAAAUUCCGGACCCAAAUCCUAGCCCGCCACCUCCAAAACCACCACAACCCCAUCACGCAUAUGCUUCAAGCCACCCCAUGUGCCACAUCAGAGCCAUCAUUUGAUUUUGACACGAGUUCACUUCGUAGGCUUGUGGACGGCAAUAGCAUUGAUGAAAUCGACUAUAUGUUGAACUUGAUGAUGCAGAGUGACCUGUUUUGUCCGAGAGAACGGGGUGGCAAAGUGUUUAUUUCACCAGAUUAUAAUCAACCAAUGGAGCACCAAAGAGACAUGACAAUGAGAAGAAUUGAAUACUUAUUGCAACAAGGAGCUUUCGAUGGGUGGUUUAGCAGAAAGGGCCCAGAGGCAGAGUUGUGGGGAUUUUGUCGUGCCGAAGCUAUUGCUAUGUACGAUCACUCGCUAGCGAUUAAGCUUGGAGUGCAUUUCUUUUUAUGGGGAGGUGCAAUCCAAUUCAUGGGCACAAAACGUCAUCACGAUAAAUGGUUGAAACCAACCGAGACCUAUGAAAUUAAAGGUUGCUUUGCAAUGAGCGAGUUAGGACAUGGAAGUAAUGUUCGUGGCAUUGAAACAAUUACUAGAUAUGAUGCAAGCACUCAAGAAUUCAUCAUAAGCACUCCUUAUGAAUCUGCUCAAAAAUACUGGAUCGGGGGUGCAGCUAAUCAUGCUACACACACAGUCGUGUUUUCCCAGCUUGAAAUCAAUGGUGUGAAUGAAGGAGUGCAUGCCUUUAUAGCCCAGAUCAGAGACCUAAAUGGAAAUAUAUGUCCAAAUGUUCGUAUUGCUGAUUGUGGUCAUAAAAUAGGUUUAAAUGGUGUUGACAAUGGUCGAAUAUGGUUUGACAAUUUGCGAAUACCAAGAGAGAACAUGUUGAAUUCUGUUGCAGAUGUUUCAGCUGAUGGCCAAUAUUUGAGUGCAAUCAAGGAUCCACUUCAAAGAUUUGGUGCAUUUAUGGCACCUUUGACAUCUGGACGUGUGACUAUUGCAGCGAGUUCGGUUAACACGACAAAGAUUGGUUUAGCAACUGCAAUAAGGUACUCCAUGUCAAGAAGAGCCUUUUCACUUAUACCAAAUGCACCUGAAGUUCUAUUACUUGAUUAUCCAAGUCAUCAAAGACGCUUGUUACCUCUUCUUGCAAAGACAUACGCACUGUGUUUUGCCUCUAACUACUUAAAGAUGAUAUAUGUUAAAAGAACACCUAAAUCAAUGAAAACAGUCCAUAUUGUUUCUAGUGCACUUAAGGCUAUUUUAACAUGGCAUUGCAUGAGAACCCUGCAGGAAUGUCGAGAAGCUUGUGGUGGGCAAGGUGUGAAGACAGAAAAUCAUGUUGGUCAUUUAAAAAGCGAGUAUGAUGUGCAAUUGACUUUUGAGGGCGACAAUAAUGUUUUGAUGCAACAGAUUAGUAAGGCACUCCUAGCAGAGUUCUUGGGAGCCAAGAAAAGGAACAAACCAAUUCAAGGUUUAGGACUUGAACACCUAAACAAAGUCAAGCCUGUUAUACCGUCUCAACUCACAAGCUUUACACUAAGAACCACUCAAUUCCAAACCGACAUCUUCUGCCUACGAGAGAGAGAUCUAUUGCAUCGUUUUGUUUCACAAGUAUCACAACACCAAGCUCAAGGAGAAAACAUAGAACAUAUAUUCACAGUGACAUAUCAAAUUGCCGAGGAUUUGGGCAGAGCCUUUGCAGAUCGUUUAAUUCUACAAACAUACCUUGAUGUUGAAGCAACCGUUCCUGAUGGCUCUUUAAAGGAUGUACUAGGUUUAAUGAGAUCGAUGUACACAACAAUUGUGAUGGAAGAAGAUGUUUCCUUUAUUCGAUAUGGCUACUUAUCAACAGCCAAUGCUGCAGUGGUUAGGCAAGAAGUUCUAAAACUCUGCAGUGAAUUAAGACCGCAUGCACUUGCUUUGGUGACUUCUUUUGGAAUUCCCGAUGCCUUCUUAGCACCAAUUGCUUUCAAUUGGGUCGAUGCUAAUGCUUGGUCUUCGAUUUAGUUAAGGAAAAUAUUGUUACCCGAGGCAAAUUAACGUUGUUGUUUUUAUAUCUUUUGAAAAUAAUAAAGAACUAUCCCAUAUGUUGUAAAAUUAAAGUAACAAAUGUUUGUCUUUAUUGUUUUGGUACAUGUAUUCUAAGGUUAUGUGUUGAUUUUUAACCUA